UUUCCCGCUAGGUGGUGGUGGUUUGCGACGGCCGCGUUUGACGGCUGCUGGGAUCCCCCCUGCGCUCCCCCCCACCUCCUCGUCGCUGGUUGUCAGGGCGGCGCGAUUUACGGCCCGGCGGCGAUGGCGGAGGGAGAACGGGCGGAGAGCGGCGGCAAUGGAGGGAACUCCGGGCGGCCGCCUCAGGAGGGCGAGCCGGCGGCCCUGGAGCGAGCCGAGGCCUUCAAGACCCAGGCCAAUGACUACUUCAAAGCAAAGGACUACGAGAAUGCCGUGACGUUUUACAGCCAGGCCAUUGAACUGAACCCCAGCAAUGCCAUCUAUUAUGGCAACCGGAGCCUGGCCUACCUGCGGACAGAAUGCUAUGGCUAUGCCCUGGCUGACGCCACCAAGUCCAUCGAGUUGGACAAGAAGUACAUCAAAGGCUAUUACAGGCGGGCCACCAGCAACAUGGCCCUGGGCAAGUUCAAGGCAGCCUUGCGGGACUACGAGACGGUUGUCAAGGUGAAACCAAACGAUAAGGACGCCAAGAUGAAGUACCAGGAGUGCAACAAGAUCGUGAAGCGGAAGGCGUUUGAGCGAGCCAUUGCCAGCGAUGAGCACAAGCGGUCUGUGGUGGACUCCCUGGACAUAGAGAGCAUGACCAUUGAGGACGAGUACAGCGGCCCGAAGCUGGACAACGGGAAAGUGACGCCUGAGUUCAUGAAGGAGUUAAUGCAGUGGUACAAGGAUCAAAAGAAACUCCACAGGAAAUGUGCCUAUCAGAUCUUGGUGCAAGCGAAAGAGGUGCUAUCAAAACUCCCCACCCUCGUAGAAACCACGUUAAAAGAGACAGAGAAAAUCACUGUCUGUGGAGACACCCACGGGCAGUACUACGACCUUCUGAAUAUAUUUGAAUUGAAUGGGCUGCCGUCAGAAACGAAUCCAUACAUAUUCAACGGGGAUUUCGUUGACCGUGGCUCCUUCUCCGUGGAGGUGAUAUUAACGCUCUUCGGUUUUAAGCUGCUAUAUCCGGAUCAUUUCCACCUACUUCGAGGGAACCACGAAACAGACAACAUGAAUCAGAUCUACGGGUUUGAAGGAGAGGUCAAAGCCAAAUACACAACCCAGAUGUUCGAGCUCUUCAGUGAGGUCUUUGAGUGGCUCCCUCUGGCGCAGUGCAUCAAUGGCAAAGUCUUGAUAAUGCACGGAGGGCUCUUCAGUGAAGACGGCAUCACAUUAGACGAUAUCAGGAAGAUCGAGAGGAAUCGGCAACCACCAGAUUCAGGUCCCAUGUGCGAUUUACUCUGGUCAGACCCUCAACCCCAGAACGGCCGGUCGAUCAGCAAGCGUGGCGUCAGCUGCCAGUUUGGGCCAGACGUCACCAACAGCUUCCUGGAGCGCAACCAUUUAGACUACAUCAUCCGGAGCCACGAGGUCAAGCCCGAGGGCUACGAGGUGGCCCACGACGGCAAGUGUGUCACCGUCUUCUCAGCCCCCAACUACUGUGACCAGAUGGGCAAUAAAGGGUCCUACAUCCAUCUGCAAGGCUCAGACCUGCGGCCGGAAUUCCACCAGUUCACAGCAGUGCCUCAUCCGAACGUCAAGCCAAUGAUGUAUGCCAAUUCGCUGCUGCAGCUGGGGAUGAUGUAAGCCUCCUUCCUUCGCCCCUGCCAGCUCGCUCUCGCCCUGCCUGGAGUCCCGUGCGCGAGGCAAACGCCCGCGGUUUUCUUGAUUUCUUUUACAAUUCCUUCCAAUAUCAGCCUUCACUACAAAGCAGGGGUUUUGGGCAGGGAGGUUGGAAGGGGAAGUGUCUAAAGCCUUGAGCAUCUACUGUUGAGGUGGGAUUGUUGAAGAGAUUGCCUAGGUCAUCACACCCCAUCCCCAGGAGGCAGGCACCGACCCAGGGCGGCCCGUUUUUCUCUUCCUCGCUGACUUUGCGUGCGCAGACAAGGAGAAAACGGCAGCCAGAGUGUUAGAAGUGACUGCUUUCUUUUUUAAUAUAUUGGAAGACUGUAUUUAUUCCCCAUCUUCUCUGAUUUCCUCUCCUGCUGCUGCUCUCUACCCUCCCUUCCCCGCUUGGUCAAACUCGGCCUUCCCACAUGCAGGCCGAAGGCAGAGGGGGAGGUUGUCAUGGUGGAGCCGGUGCGGUGCCCCAUGUCCCGAAAAGCAGAGCGUGACUGUGUUAGAGGGGGCCGGCGCCCCGGCCACGUCCCCCGCUCCCGAGCGUGGCAUCUGGUUCCAUCGCAGCAAAGGAAAGGUCCAGUGGGCACUUCCUGAGCCAAACCCCUCGAAGGUCAGGGAGCCCUAGCAGGAAGCCAAUGUCGGGUGACGGGCCGUGUCUUCCCCCCCCUCCCCCCCGGGAAGCAGCACUGCCCUUCUGAGGUCUGCCAUCUCCUGGCCAGGUAGGGAAGGGAAGGCGUUUGGCCGUGGCUCAGCACCUCACUUACCUGCCUGCUCCUCCCACCCACCCUGUGUACUUAGCAGCUGCCGUCGGUAUUUUCACACCUGGCCCGGUCUGUAAGAUCCUGGCAGGUGUGGAAAUCUGUCCUGGGGUGGAGAGGCAAAACUUCUCAGUCAGUAGCAUGUCCGGGAUGGGAGUGGUGUGUUUGUGUGUGUGUGCGCGUGCGCGUAAAUGAAUUCCUCCUUCCAUUUCAAAGCCGGCUCUGGAGAAUGGUUAGAUGAGCCCCAAGCCCCAAGCGACUUACCUGUGCGCUCAAUUCGGCCCGUGGGGCUGCCUGUUCCUCGCCGUUCUUCUUAGUUCUUCUCCAUCAUAUCUCAAUUUCGCAGCAGGAAGCCAACGUCUAAAGCAAUUUGGGUAGAGGCAGGGAGGUUUUUUUGGAAGGGAAGAGUUUGAUCGCGCUGACCCCGGAGCUUUCUGCACUCUCUGCAUUCCAAGCUCAUCAGUCCGUCUUGUGGACCCUCUGCUCUAGGAUCCGGCGCUGUAGGCAUUUGGAGGAGGGGAAAACUCAUCUGGGCAUUUUUACCUCUCUUCGACCCUAAGGUCAGCAGGCUUUGGGGAUCUCUUUUCGUUUGUGUCCUGGGGAAUGUGGUUCGAAGACCAUGCAUCUCUUGGGAUCUUUCUCUCUUCCCUCUGACUGCCUUAGAAGGAACCCCUUAGUCCAGGAUGAGCUCCCUCUAGGUGUCUGCAAAGCUGUUGGUGCCUUGACCAACUUUCUAGGGACCUUCUAGCUUCGAAAUCUCAGUGGGCUUGAGGAGGAGAGGAGAGGAGAGGAGAGAGAGAGAGAGAGAGAGAGACCAAACCAAAUCAUAUCAGUCUGGCAGCAGAGAUGAGCUGGGUCUGCUUUUUGGCUCCCAACUUCUAUGUGGGUGAUCGUCCAUCCAUCCAUCCUUCCUUCCUCCCCUCCCUUCUCCAGCCUCUUAAGUUUUUUUGUUCAUCAGAAAUAAUCCACAGAAAAUGUAGGUGGGGAAGAAAAACCAGCAUCCCAGGCCAGCCUAAGGCCCGUGGAACUGGGAACUAGGGUCGGGGGUGGGUGGGCCGUCCGGCUGUUCAUGAGGUUGCCCUGACUUUUCUCUCCCACCCUCCAAACCUUGCGACCCCCCCCCCCCCAUUCUUGCUCUUGCUCUGGGAAGUAGUUGUCAUUUUGGCUUUCCCAAACCGAAACGAGGCCUGCUUUUUUUUCCUUUGCGGCCGAAAUGAAGAGAAACCAGCGAAUAUUCCAGAAUCACUUUGGAUGUUUUUUUCUCCAUGCUGACCAUGGAGGGUUCUUAUACAUCCAGGAUUCCCUUUCCACUCGCCCUCCUACCUAUUGAGUAAUUUUACUGUCUGUAAUUAAACAAAAGAUGUUAAAAUAAAGCAACUAUUGAAAGAC